UUCUAGAAGGUUCGUGAGAGGGAGAGGAACGACAUAUCAAUUUUUGAUAUCACAAUUGAAAAAGAAACGCGUUGAGAAACACUCGAAAGAAAUUUCCAAAAGAAUUUCUGGAAGUUGUGAUUUUUGAGGCUGUUUGAGAAGAAAACGAAAUAUAACCAAGAAAUCAAAGGUUUUUUUUUUCAUACACCUAAAUAGAAGAAUCAGUGAAAAAAGGAGAAAUGUCUGUGAUUGGUAUUGAUUUUGGAAGUGAGUCUUGCUACAUUGCCGCAGCCAAGGCUGGUGGUAUUGAGACUCUGGCCAAUGACUACAGUUUGAGAGCGACACCAUCAUGUGUGGCUUUCGAUGGCAAAAAACGUAUUAUCGGCGUCGCCGCCAAAAAUCAGCAAGUCACAAAUAUGAAAAACACCGUUAGUGGCUUCAAACACUUACUGGGCCGCAGAUUCAAUGACCCACAUGUACAGCGUGAACUUAACAGCAUUCCAACAAAAGUCAAAGGCUUGCCCGAUGGCAGCAUCGGCUAUCAGGUCAACUACUUGGACCAAGAGCAAUGCUUUACUCCAGAGCAGUUGACUGCAAUGUUAUUUACCAAGUUGAAGGAGACUUCCACAAAUGCUUUGGAGGCUCAGGUAAACGACUGUGUUAUCACUUGUCCUGUGUACUUUACAAAUGCAGAACGUAAGGCUCUACUAGAAGCUGCUCAUAUCGCCGGCCUUAAUGUUUUGCGUCUGAUGAACGAGACUACGGCAACGGCUUUGUCGUAUGGCUUCUAUAAGCAGGACUUGCCCGAGGACAAACCCCGUAAUGUCAUCUUUGUCGAUUGCGGCCAUGCUUCACUGCAGGUCAGUGCAUGUGCUUUCACAAAAGGCAAACUCAAGAUGCUGGCCAGCAGCUGGGAUCAGAUUGGAGGACGCGAUUUCGAUACCACUUUGGCCGAGUAUUUUGCCAAGGAGUUCUUGGAUCGUUACAAGAUUAAUGCAAAAACGAAUGCUCGCUCAUGGCUGCGUCUUUUAACUGAAAUUGAAAAGUUGAAGAAACAAAUGUCGGCCAACAGCACGAAAUUGCCCUUGGGCAUUGAGUGCUUUAUGGAUGAAAUCGAUGUCUCAUCAAGCAUGCAGCGCUCGACAAUGGAAGAACUGUGUGCUCCCUUGUUCCAGCGUGUAGAAAUGACAUUUAAGAGAUUGUUGGCCGAAUCAAAGUUGACAUUGGAUGAGAUCCAUUCGGUGGAGGUUGUGGGAGGCAGCACACGCAUUCCGGCUAUCAAACAGUUGAUUGAAAAUGUAUUUGGCAAACCGGCUAGCACUACUCUAAAUCAGGACGAGUCUGUGUCCCGUGGUGCUGCCUUGCAGUGUGCCAUUAUGUCACCGGCCGUGCGUGUUCGUGAAUUUGGUGUUACCGACAUACAAAACUAUGCCGUUAAGGUUAUCUGUGAUGGAGAAGGUUCUGCGACAGGCAGUAGUGGCCUUGAGGUUUUCUCCGUUUUCCAUACCGCUCCAUUCAGUCGUAUGCUGACACUACACCGCAAAGAACCAUUUACAGUCACCGUUCUAUAUGCACAACCAAUUCCCUAUCCGGAUCCCACUAUUGGUCGCUGGACUAUUAAGGAUGUUAAGCCCACCGACAAGGGAGAGCUUUCGACGAUUAAGGUGAAGGUUCGAAUUAAUCAUCAUGGUAUUGUUUUGAUCUCGAGUGCACAUUUGGUGGACAGCAAGGAGGUGGAGGAGCCUGUUACUCCACAACCCGCCGAGCCGGCCAGUGCAGAACAACCAGCUGUCGGUGAGCAGCAACAGAACAAUGGCGAGCCCAUGGAAGUGCAGCAAGAGGCUUGUAAUGAUAAUGAGGACGAUGAUAGUACAAAUACUGCCUCAUCACCUGGCGGACAAGGGUGGGCUCAACGGGUCAAGGGCUGGUUUACUCCGGGUACGGAAAAGAAGAAGAAGAACACAAAGAUGAUCGAUUUACCCAUGGACUGCGAAUCGCAUGGACAUUCUCUCAACGAUUUGAAUAAUUUGAUUCAACAGGAGGCUAAGAUGGUGGCCAACGAUGCCAAGGAAACCGAGCGUAUUGAUGCUAAGAAUGCUUUGGAAGAAUUUGUUUAUGACAUGCGCAAUAAGCUACAGGGUGGUCCUUUGGAGCGCUAUGUUGUUGAGGCUGAACGCGAUGCCAUUUGUGCUCAGCUCAAUGACCUCGAAAAUUGGCUGUACGAAGACGGCGAAGAUUGCGAUCGUGAUACUUAUGUCAACAGACUCAAGGCCUUACACAACAAGACGAAUCCCAUUAAGGAUCGUGCCAAUGACUACGAGCUCUGCCCCAGUGUGUUUUCCGAACUUAAACAUGCCAUCAACAAUGCCCAUGUAGCGGUCAACGAAUUCAAAAAGGGCUCCCCCAAAUACGACCACUUGACUGAAACUGAAUUCAUCAACAUUGCCGAACAUGCCGACAAAUCUCAGAAAUGGCUGGACCAGCACAUGGCCAAAUUUGCCGCGUCUCCCAGGACAGUUGACAGUCCCGUCAAAGUGGCGGACAUUCGUCACGAAGUACAAACACUCAAUGCCUGCGUGAAUUCAGUAAUCAAUCGCCCCAAGCCCAAACCAGCAGCCAAACCGGCGCCACCUAAGGACAAUGCAGCCGGGGCCGACCAACACAAUGGCGAAAAUGCCGACAAAAAAUCGGAAGGUGAUAAGACGGCGCACCCCAACAGUGUGCCCGAUGAUUCAACGAUGGACGUGGAGUAGAAUGUGAUCGAGUCGCCGAGUAUAGAUGUAUAGAAAUUAUAAGACAACAACAAGCACACACUCACACACACACACACAGACAGUUUGAUUAGAGCAAAAAUAUUCAAAUAAAUAAUGGCUUUUUAAUAAAAAGCGCAGACCACAACAAUAACAACAAUCUACUAUCCUAUCCUUUCUUCCUCCCCUCUCGCAUUGAUUCAUGCUGCCGCUAAUACUGGUCCUAACUUUCUUAUCACUAAUCACCCAAACCAAUCAACCAACCUAUUAUGUAAUAGUCUAUAUUUUUUUUGUUAAUGUCAAUCAUGAAUACAACGCAAAUAAAUAACUUUCUUAACUCUACACACACACACACACACAGAUGAAAAAUAAACAGAACAAAAAAAAAAAACUCCUAAUCGACCUUUCUCGUCCGAUGUGUAAUAGUUUGUAAAAUUCGCAAACAUUAACUCGGACUAUAUGAAAAUUGAUUAAAUGAUUAUUUUUCUCAUUGCAUUAAUCACAAAUAGACUCAACGACGAGACAUAAACAAGAGUUUGGAGAGAUUGGUUACCUACAUUUGGCCUACACAUACAUAACAUAUAUGUAUUCGAAUUCAGAUGCAUUUAAAAUCCAAUAAAUCGAACCAAUUAUCACACAAUCAAA